AGAAGACUCACUGAGAGUCAGACAAAAACGCGGAAUUUAACUUGUAGAAACUUACUUUUGGUUGCACCUGAUGAGACCCUCCUUGACUGCAAGAGACAGUCCGGUGAUGUGGAUGUGGUCGUUACGCGCCGGAGCUGUACAAAACUCGGUGUUUGCCUGUAAACCUGGACUUUAACAGCCUGCUUUUUUAUUUUAUUUCUUUUAUUUCCUCUUAUUUUCGUCUGAACAGUCACAUGACGCAAAGUUUUGCUUGGACUCCAGGUUUUGUGGUGAGACUGUGUGCCUGCCAAGUGGAGUCGCGUGUCUAUCUGCUGAUAACCCACAAGGAAACAUGAACGUCUCCUUCUUCGAUGUGACCCAGGGCGCACUGUUUAACGGGAGUCAGACCCUCGCCGGGACUCUGGCGACUUACUCCGGCAAUGGCACCGACAACGUGGUGACCGGCGAUGGCGGAGUGCUGCUGCAAGACGAGCGCAAACUAUUUGUUAUGCGUGUGGUGCAGAUCGCGGUGCUGUGCGUACUGUCGCUCACCGUCGUAUUCGGUAUAUUUUUCCUCGGGUGCAACCUGAUGAUCAAAUCGGAGAGCAUGAUCAACUUCCUGGUGAAGGACCGGAGACCCUCCAAAGACGUGGAGACGGUCAUGAUCGGGCUCAGCUAGAACAGGGGGAGGCAGGUAAAGUGGAGAACUGGAGCGGAGAUCCGGUAUGAGGAUCUAGUGCGCAUUUCCAGCCGCAGGUCAAGACCUGCACCUGCAUGUAGUUUAAAAGACGCUCUCUCUUUCUCUCUGUGUCCUAGUGAGGAAAGAUAUGCAAAAACUUCACAUUUCCUUCCGCAAAUGACCACAGGAAAGUAGUCCAGCGACCAAUGUUUGUGCGUAAAGUUUGUGCGUAAGCAGGCAUUUGUUUACACGUGGGCCGAUCUGUUGAAUCUAUUGAGUGAAUUUCAAUUUUGCCAACUUGAACAAAGUGACGAAAAUGUUUACAAGCGGUUACCUCAAUUUUGUGUAGUUUUUUUUUUCUUCCUUUUUUGUAAAUUUGAAAUGAUCGUUAAUGAAUGUUUUUAAAACUGUCAAAAGCAUGAUUGUGGGUCUGCCAGUGUACUCCGUGGACUUGAUGGAUAUGUGGGUAUUCUCUAUACAAAGUAUUUUUCUUGGUCUCGUUUUGUAAAUGCUCUUAAGUACUGAAAACUUGCACGUUUUUCAACAGAUUCCGUCACAGCUUUAUGGGGUGGUUCUGGUCCUGUUUGGCAUGCUCGCUAAUUGAUCUGUAAAGUGAUUUUUGGACCCGUUUUGCACUUUUGAAACCACUGAUGCUGCAUGAAUUAUUUUGUACCAAGAAAACUUUGAA